CAAGAUGUCACCACACUCGCUUUUAAUAAACCCUAUACUCUAGAGAGCAUUUUACUGGUGCUUUGGCUGAAGCAACUCCAUUUCUGGAUAUCAGAAACAGUUAAUCUACAAUGACGUUUAAGAGAAGGAAUGGAGGGCGCAACAAGCAUGGACGCGGCCAUGUCAAUUUCGUCCGAUGCUCCAACUGUGGAAAAUGCUGCCCCAAGGAUAAGGCAAUCAAGAGGUUUCUUGUGAGGAACAUUGUCGAGCAAGCUGCUGUGAGGGAUGUGCAGGAAGCUUGUGCCUUUGCAAUGUACACUUUUCCCAAACUGUACGUGAAGAUGCUGUAUUGUGUCUCGUGUGCAAUUCACUCUAAGGUGGUGAGGGUUCGAUCCCGAACUGACAGGAGGAAUCGUGAGCCUCCAGUGCGUUUUAGACACCCAAGGGUCAGUUUACAUAUGCCUUUGUCUCUUUAGCCAAUCUUUUACAUAUGGAGUUGUUUUUUUUAAGUCGAAUGUGUUACUAUAACUUCUAUGUUUUCAUGUACUUAUGAGUAAGCAUAUAUGUUAUCAACUUGCUUUAACUGCUAGGUGCAUAUUGUGCACUCAUACUUACCUUCACAUUCAAAUGCACAUGGGGAAACUCAAGCAUUUUUGUGACUUUACUUCCUCAAGGUCGAAUGAAUCUUGGAAUGCGAUAUAUUAUCUGCCCGUAUAUUUGAAAUGUUAAUGUGUUGAUUGAAAGUAUUUCAAAUGUUACCUUGAUUGAAUUUUGUUACAAGGAAAUGUUGUUGAGAUUGCUUAUAGCUUAUAGCUUAUAAAUGAUUU